AUGGGAAACCACACAAGAGUGACAAUUUUCAUCCUGGCAGGUCUGACUGCUGACCCAGAGUUGAAAAUUGUGCUGUUCGUCUUUCUGCUUCUCACCUAUCUGCUGAGUGUCACUGGCAAUUUGACCAUCAUCAUCCUCACCCUGGUGGAUAUUCACCUUAAGACUCCCAUGUAUUUUUUCCUUCGGAACUUUUCCUUCUUAGAAAUUUCUUAUACUUCCACAUGCAUCCCUAAGUUGCUAGUUACCAUGGCCACCGCGGAUAAAGCUAUUUCCUAUAAUAGUUGUGUCACUCAAGUCUUUUUUGCCUUCUUAUUUGGAGCAUCAGAGUUUUACUUGCUGGCUGCCAUGUCCUAUGACCGUUAUGUGGCCAUUUGUAAGCCCCUGCACUACAUGACCAUCAUGAACAGAAAAGUUUGCAUACAGCUUCUCCUCAGCUGUUGGCUCGCUGGCUUUUUUACCAUCUUUCCACCACUUGUAUUGGGCCUGAAUCUUGAAUUCUGCUCAGAGAUCAUUGAUCAUUUCUACUGUGACACCACUCCCCUUUUGCAGAUCUCAUGCACAGACACACACUUUCUGGAGAUGAUGGGAUUCAUCUCAGCUGUGGUGACACUCUUGGUCACAUUGAUAAUGGUCAUAAUAUCCUAUAUCUAUAUUGCUCUGACAAUUCUAAAAAUUCCUUCAACUACGCAGAGAAAAAAGGCUUUCUCCACCUGUUCCUCUCACAUGAUUGUGCUAUCCAUUUCUUAUGGAAGCUGCAUCUUCAUGUACGUGAAACCAUCAGUCCAACAAAGGAUAUCUUUUUCCAAGGGAAUUUCAGUGCUCAAUACCUCAGUGGCUCCACUUUUGAAUCCUUUCAUCUAUACCUUACGGAACCAGCAAGUGAAAAAGGCCUUCACUAACACAAUGCACAGGAUUGUUACUGUCUUAAACAGAUGA